AUGGCCUCAUUUCGCAGUUUGAGGACUCAGUACAAUUCCCUGUUGAAAAAGUUCAUCGGGUCAUCCCGGGACUUUGAAGUCCUCAGCACCAUCCCCGCCGAUGACUGCCCCGCACCAAAGAUCCUAUAUGUGCUAGACUCAUCAUUCAAUCCACCAACCCGAGCGCAUCUCCGCAUAGCUAGCUCUGCACUCCUAGAGCGACUAGACUCAAGCUCGCGGCUGCUGCUACUACUUGCCACUCAGAAUGCAGACAAACCUUCAAAGCCGGCCUUGUUCGAGGACCGGCUCGCCAUGAUGGAGCUGUUCGCACACGAUCUGCGUUCUCACCUGGCUACCAGUACCGCACCUCCAGGGCACACUCCAUCUCUAGAGAACAUCCCCGCCAUUGACAUUGGCGUCACCAAGAAGCCAUAUUUCAUUGAUAAGGCCUCCGCAAUUGAGGCCUCGGGGACUUACGCCACUCCGCUUGAACAGGUCCAUCUCACGGGCUAUGAUACAUUGAUCCGUAUAUUUGAUCCGAAAUACUACCCGCCAGAACAUACGCUAGCGCCGCUAGCACCACUUUUCUCGCGGCAUCGCUUGCGGGUAACAUUAAGGCCUAGUGAUGAAUGGGGAAGUAAAGACGAACAGGAGGCUUUUCUCCUCGCUCUUGCCCGUGGAGAUCGAGAGAGUGAAGGUGGACGGAGAGAAUGGGCGCAAAGGAUUCAGCUAGUUGAAGGGAGAAAACCAGGGCAACCGCCGGUUAGCUCGACAAGAGCCCGCGAGGCCAUACAGUCUGCAAGUGAUGAUCUGGAGUGGCUUGUUCCGGAGAACGUGCGCCAGUUCUUACUGUCUGAAAAACCAUACUCUACAGAAAGCAACCUGUAG